AAGGAUAGAAAAUUCCAUAACAGCUAUUUUUGUUUUUCAUUUGCCAACCCUCAACGAGGGUUAGGAAUGUGUACGUUUUGUUGACUGCACAGUUUUAGGGCCACAAACAAAAUCUUGCUAAGGGCUACGGUCGUCCCUGUAUCCCUAUCUCCAUGCAUCUGUAACACAACUUCACAAACAGUUGACCUCCUCAGCAAAUUUCAGCCUCCUAGUGUCAAAACUGUCUGAUAAAGGGUUCAGGACAUUGGACUAAUGUGCCAGCCAACCAGCUGCUAAUCAUAGUUAAAAAGCACUAGAGAGAGAGGUUCAGACCCUGGCUCCACCUCUGCACAGUUGGCUGAUCAGUGUUCAGUUAUUAAUUAUGUUGGAUGGUCAGUUUUAGAGAGUUACAGUAAUGAAAUACUGCAAUGAUAAAAAUACCAAAAAUAAUAAAAUAAAAUAAAUAAUUAAAUAUAGAAAUUCUCUGAGAAUGAAAAUAGGAGAUGGAAAGCCAAGUAGUACUAUUUAAUGAGCUUAACUGAGGUGUGUGUGUGUGUGUGUGUGUGUGUGUGUGUGUGUGUGUUUGUGUGUCUCCAGCACAUUUGGAAGGUGACUUUGAGGAGAUGGAGAGCAGACUGGUAUAUCUGGAGACUCUGUGUUGUCAAUGUGAACAGCAGACAUUUAAACAACAUCAUAUCAACGAACUCGAUGUCUAUAAGAAAAAGAAGAGGAGGGAGGUGGAGGUGCUAGAAGUGGAACUGAAUUCUGAGCAUGCACAGAAGGUGGCAGAGCUGGAGCAGGCCAUGCAGCAGAAACUGAGAGAACAACAGAAAGUCUAUGAAGAAGCCUUUAACCAAGACAUGAAACAAUACUUGUCGACUGGAUACCUGCAGCAUAGAGAGCCAGAAGGAGUUGAUAUGUGUGUUCUGGAUCAGAUAACAGUAACUAACAUAUCAGACCAGGAGGCUUUGGAUGACUUCCUCAAUUCUACUAGUGAUGACAUCAGUACUGGAUCAUCACUGACCUCAGGUCCAGAUCUCGAAUCCUGCUCUUCUGAAUCUUUGAGAAGCCAAAUGAACCAAACACCUCUCACAAACCAACUGUCCAACCAGGACGCAGCAGAAGAAGGAGCCAGUGAGGAGAGCAACAAGCUUCUUGUACAGUCAGACGAGGAAGACAUUCAACCAGAUAUGUCAUUGAUUGGCCUGCAAGGAUGUUGGCACAGUAAGGGGAUGUGAUGAGUGCAGGGGACCAGGGGACCUUCCCUCUGUGUUUCUUAGCAACCAGAGUAAACAUUAACUACUUUAAUGCCCUAAAAACACCCUUCUUGUACUUUGACUUGACACAGCUCCCACCUCCGACCAGCAUGAGCCAGCACUUUAAUGCUUCUUCUUGCUGAAGCCUGAGGUCAAAAACUGCUUUUGUGGAAUUUAUAUAGUAGGGUUUUGAGAAAGUAUACACAGUCACUAAUGCUCAUUGAGACCUUAUUCACCAUUUUCCCUAAAGAAAUUGAUUAGUGUGUGAUCACUGAUAGAUUCUUUGUGCAUAGAGACAAGUUUUUCUAAUGCUGACGGAUGUCCAAACAGUUGUGCAGUUUUGUGUUUACAAAAAUUCAUAUACUGUUGUAUACUGUUGAUAUAUACUGUUUUCAGGUAUGAUAGGUAUCAUGGCAAUGAUUAUGUUAUUGUCCAUUUUGAUUAUUUAAGAAGACAGUAUUAAACCAGUUGUAAUCUCCCACAAACACAGCAAAAAAAGUCAGGAAAUAUUGAAAGACAUGUUAUUGGUUGUAAUCUUUUCAUAGGAUUUGUUGACAAUAGGAAACAUGACAUCAGACCGAUCCUUACAUUUCUGCAUUGUAUUUUAUUUAAACAUAAAUAUCAGCAACUUCUUUUAUCUGACAGUUAGAUAAAUAGUUCUGUUUUUGUCGCCUUACCCAGUCAAUAAAAUAUUAAUCUGUCUGCAUAUCAUGUAUCUGUCUCAUUCGUCAUCAUCAUCAUCAUCAUCAUCAUCAUCAUCAUCAUCAUCAUCUGUAGAACAAUUUUAACAACCUUACUAACACAAAGGAACUCACAAAAGAUUAAAAAAAACACCAAGUACAAAAUGAUGCGCCUGGACAGUCCAUCUAAACUUUUGGUGUGUGGCUGUUUUUUAUGGUUUUAUUUUUUAACUAGGCCAUAAGAAAUCUUAAUACUCUAGCAAAAAAUUGUAUUUUGACAAUUCUGUGCUUCGUACCUUGUACUAAGAGUUUGUGUUUAGACCUUUCCUGUUUCAUGAACAAAUGACUUCAUGAACAAAGUUAGGUAAAAAAAAACC